AUGCGAUAUAAAUCAAAGCAAGAACAAUUCUGGAUUGCUUGUAGUUUUGGCAGAGAAGAAGCUGCUAGAAAACUAAUAGAAGUCGGUGUAGAUGUUAACUGGAGAUCUUAUGUGUACGAAUGCUAUCCUAUACAUGUAUGUUCUCAAGGAAAGCCCAGUAUAUUAAAAAUGAUUAUCCAAGCUGGAGCGAACAUUAAUGCACUCGAUUCAGGUGGCAACACCGCGUUGCAUCAUGCUGCUAUGUCAGGCAAUGAAGAAAAUGUCAACAUGCUUUUGUCUUCAGGUGUUGAUGUUGACAUAGCUAAUAAAAAUGGAUGGACGGCAUUAUUUAAUUCCGUGUAUUGGAAUCACCCACCUAUCACUGAAAUGUUGCUAGCUAGUGGUUCUAGUCCGUUUUUAAAGAAUAAAAAUGGUCGAAUUCCGCUGCAUGAAUUGUGUCGAACGAAAUCUAAAGAUUCUAUAAAAAUACUGAAAAAUCUUGACUUGCUACUUAAUUCUAUGAAUAAAUGUAAACAAAAUGAAUUAUCUAAUCAAGCGCCAAUUGAACACACUACUACUGAUCCCGAUCAAAGUACACUAGACGAGAAUGCAAUCAACUUGAAUAAUAUGAGUUUAAGAGCAUACUCUCAAAAUGAUUUAGACUCAGAGGCAGAUUUUACUCCACUUUUGUUUGCUUGUUAUCAUGGACAUCUAGAACUGGUUAAAACUCUAUUAAAUCGUGGUGUCGAUGUGACUGUUACAGAUAAGAAUCAUUGGACUGCUUUACACUGGGCUGCACAACGUUGUCAUGCCGAUAUUGUUGAAGUAUUGCUGGAUUAUGGAGCAUCGAUUCACGCAAAAGAUUCAUCUGGUUGUAUGCCAUAUGCAGUAACUAAUGAUAUCGGCUUACAAGAAUGCUUAUCACCGAUUAUAAUAGAAUAUCCAAAUAUUAUAUCAAAUGGACAUGUAACAACUGAUGAUGAGGAUGACAGCAGCAACGAUGCUGAGUCUUCACACUUCAUGACAAAUUCAACACAUCAGAUGAAAUCUAGUCAGCACUUACAAAAUAAUCAUCAUGA